CUCCAGGCGGGAUUAUCGUGAGGACAGAGGGAGUUUCUCUCCUCCCCCGCAAACUUGUUCCAAAUGGAACUUUAAUGCACAUCCUUCCGGAUUCUAAUUGGACUCAGUUCUAACUGUUGUGCAGCGCGCGCCACGGAAGCGGGAGAGGGAGAAGGGAAGAGAAGAGAAGGCGGCUCCAUCCUCCCAACAUUUACGCACCGUUACGCAUCGCGCAUGGCGGAAUUGGCGCUGAAUCCGGAAGGGCGCCGUGUCGACUGACUUCAAGCGGAGAGGCGGGCGGGUGUUUUCCGCCCUUCCUUCCUGCUCCUCUCCCGGACCAUGGAGCUUCCGAGGCACGUUGGAGUCUCCAGGAUCCUGACGGACACAGAUUGGACUGAACCAUGGAUCCUAGGUCUUGUAUUUUUCCACAUAGCUUACGUCUUCCUCACUUACCUGUCAUUCCAGCACUAUCGUCUGCAAAUAGGGCACUUCCUUUCGAUCAUGACCCUGGUAUUCUGUGCAGAAUAUAUCAAUGAAAUUGCGGCUGCAAACUGGAGAUUGUUCUCGAAGCACCAGUACUUUGAUUCAAGAGGAAUGUUCAUUUCCGUAGUGUUCUCCGCACCGUUGCUGCUGAAUGCUAUCAUUAUUGUGAUCGCUUGGGUUUAUAAAACGGUGAAUGUAAUGACAGAACUGAAGGUGGCGCAGCAAAAAAGGAAAGCAAGAAGAGAAAAUAAGAAAAGCCAAUAAAUAAUGGUUUCUCCUGUAAAUGUAUGUAGAAGGUGCCAUACCAGGCAUCCCCAAACUGCGGCCCUCCAGAUGUUUUGGCCUACAACUCCCAUGAUCCCUAGCUAACAGGACCAGUGGUCAGGGAAGAUGGGAAUUGUAGUCCAAAACAUCUGGAGGGCCAAAGUUUGGGGAUGCCUGUGCCAUACCAUCAUUCUUAACAAUGUGAAGUUGAAAGAUUGGAGCUUUUAUGCCCUUUUCUUUCCUAAGUUUUACAGGUUUUUUUUUGUAUUUCUCUUAAAUGGUUCUUUUAACUUAUAUUGUCCCCCACUGUGGAUUAUAUCCCAAUGCUGUGUGAGUGGAUUUCUGCUCGUGUAGCAGGACUUUGCCUUCCUUCCUUUUAUCUUGCAGCCCUCUGUGUUACCCCCAAAUCUGCUCUGAAGGUUCCCCCAAUCUUCAAGUGUGUGUGUGUGUGUGACACAACUGUGUGUUUUUUGGGGGGGGGGAGUCAGUUCUGUGGAUGAAUGGGCACAAUUGGAUGUUGCCCUAGGCCAGGCACACCCAACUCUCUAGAUACUCUGAUCUACCUAUUGUCAUUGCCAAGAGUUGUUGAGCUUUGGGGGGGGGGGAGUGCCCAGAGUUGUUUGACUAUUUGGGGGGAGAAUUACAUAAAAACGCUCACACAGCAGUACACCAUCAGCUCUCCAUAAUACACUCGGCCAACGACGCAGUGAAUACAAGCUUUUACAGCGACGGCCGGCCGCAGUGAAACAUAGUGCAGGGGGAGGGGGGAGCAGAGCGAUUUAUCAGGAGCACACAGGUGAUCACUGGUUUUAAUCCCGCGAUCGACCUGCAGCACCCCCAAAGAUCUACCUGUCGAUCGCGGUCGACCGGUUGAACAUGUCUGUCCUAGGCAAACUACCUUGUUAUGAGCCAGUAGUAAAUCAUUUCAUACAAUGAAUUUAAUUGUAUACUGUACUGCGUCUAAAUUAAAAAGUACUUUUAUACAGUAGUUUCUGAGCUGCUAAUCCUGCAUCAAAGUGAGCAUUGUGUAACUAGUGUGCCAAAAUGCUAAUCAAAUGUAAAAUACCUUGUAAUUUUUUAAAAAGAAAAACCAUCAAUUUUAACCUUUCCAUUUCCUGCGUUGAAAACCAGCCUAUUGUGUAUGCAGUGCCCGUUCUCAAAAUUGACCAACUCCAUGAUUUGUCAUCCGUAACAACUGGGUGCCCCCCCCUCCUUUGGCAACCAUUCUGCCACUUGAAGCUCGCAAAUGGUUCCCUAGUGCAACGUUUUGUUUUGUAAAGCAACCGUGAUUGUGAAUCCCAGCAUACUUUCUUGGCUAUCAGUUUCUUGGACUUAAACUGAGCAUUAUUUUAAAAGAUUUGUACAUCUGAGAUGUAAAUUAAUACUGUAUAUUGCUGUAUAUGCCGUGAAAUGUGUGUAAGUUUACUGUUUUUACAUUAAACUUUUUAUUUUAUUUUA